AUGAAGCUUACCGAUGAAGAGGUACCCAUAAUCAUCGAAAAAGCUUUAAAUCGUGGAAAUGAUUUAAUUCAAUUACAUGGAAAUAAUCUAACAUUUAAUGGCAUAAAAAUGUUAACUGAUGUGUUGAAAACAGAUACAGCUUUACAAAACGUUUUACUUUCAAAUAAUCCUACUAUAGGUGAUAAAGGUAUCGACUAUUUAGUUGAUUUAUUCAGGAAUUACAAUCGAACAUUGAGAAUGCUUGAUUUAGAUAAAAUUAAUUUAACUGAUUGUGGUUUAGUAUUACUCUCAGAUGCUAUUAAAGCAAAUAUCAAUCUUAGGAACUUGCAUCUUGGUGAAAAUAACUUUACCUAUGAUGGUAUAAAGAUACUUGCAGACGCAUUGGAAACAAAUUCGACUAUUAGUGAUUUAGAUCUAUCUGUGACAUCAGAAUGUGUAAGAAUACUUGCACAUGCAUUAGAAUAUAAUACAACGUUAAAAAUUCUUAAUUUAAGUCGUAAUGAAAAUAUUAAAGAUGAUGAUAUUGUAUAUUUGGCUCAGGUACUUUUCAAUGAUAUACGAUUCUGA